AUGAACAGUAUAGAGGUAAGAGAUGCAACAAAAACUUACGAUAGCAAGCAUAUUGUUUUAAAUGGAUUGAAUUUACAAGUGCAAGCAGGUUCCAUAUACGGCUUGAUUGGAGCUUCAGGAUGUGGAAAGACAACUCUUUUAUCUUGUAUUCUUGGAAUGAAGCAGCUCGAUGGUGGAGUUAUAAAAGUUUUGGGACAAGAAGUUGUGCAUGACAAAUCAUCAAAUUUUCCUCACAUUAUUGGAUUUAUGCCUCAAGAAACUGCUUUAGUUUUGGAACUAACAAUCAAAGAGACUUUGAAUUAUUUUGGGAAUAUUUUUCAAAUGAAUCAAGUUUUAUUGAAGCAGCGUUUGUUGAUGAUUUGUGGUUUAUUGGAACUAAAUAACGUCAAUAAACGAAUUUCACACUUGUCAGGAGGUGAGCAAAGACGAGUAUCAUUUGCUGCUGCUUUAAUCCAUGAUCCAAAAAUUUUAAUCCUUGACGAGCCAACAGUUGGACUUGAUUCUAUUCUCCGUGAAAAAAUAUGGACAUUCUUAAUUGACUCUACAAAAUCUACAGAUAUGACUGUGAUUAUCACAACACAUUAUAUUGCGGAAGCAGAAAGGUCAAACCGCUGUGGACUAAUGAGCAAUGGAAUAUUGUUGGCAGAAGACAAUCCACAGAAUAUUUUUCGAAGUCUUAACGUUUCAAAUCUUGAAGAAGCUUUCUACAAGUUAUGUUAUUCAGAAAGGUUUAAAGUCAAUGAUGAAAUUGCCAAUACUGAUAAAGUUCAAAUGGAUUUGUCCAACACAAUGGAAGCAUCUAGUUCAAAAAAAUAUUCGAAAACUAAUAUGGAAGACAAAAAGAGAGGAAAUUUCUCAUUUCAAAUCUUGAAAGCAUUGUUUGACAAGGAAAUCAUAAGAAUUAGGCGUCAACCAGGGGAAUUCGCAUUCACCAUUUUACUUCCGGUUGUUCAAGUCAUCUGCUUUGUAUUUGGAAUGGGAGGCAAUCCAAAAGGGUUGCAGAUAGGAAUUGUCAAUUAUGAAGUCACAGAUCAAACAAUCUGCUCAGAAUACUUAUAUUCAACAAAUUACGAAUUUAACAGCACAUCAUGUUCCUUUCAACGUCUUUCAUGCUAUUUCCUAAAUGAAAUACACGAUGAAAGUGCAAUGAAGGUUUACCACGAUUCAAUCGAUGAAGCUUACAAAGACGCAAAAGCUGGAAAGACAAUUGGGUUUUUGAUAAUCGCUUCAAACUUUACAGACGUGAUUAGCGAGAGGAAGAAUGAUUGGCAAUAUAUCACGGAGUAUAAAAACUUUACAGACGCAAACUUGAUACAAAUUCAUCUGGAUGAAAGUGAUUUCACAAUCAAAACAUUUUUGUAUAUUCGGCUAUUGAAAGCUUUUGAGAGAUUCAACAAGAAAGUGCUCCGACAAUGCAAUAUAAAUGACAAAUUUGAAGAUUCUCUACUGCGUUUGAAAACAUUUUAUGGAGAUUUUGAAGACGAUUAUGUUGUUACAUUAAUGCCAUCUGUAUUUGGACAAAUCUUAUUCUUUGGUGGAAUCCUCUUCUCAAUUUCUUGCAUAGCUCAAUCUCGAAUUGAAGGCGUUUGGAAUCGAACCAUGCUGGCUGGAGUGUCUACGAAUGAAGUUUUAGCCGUGCAAUUUUUUAUCUUAUCAAUAUCAAAUGUCAUUCAAGUUUUGAUAUUUAAAAUAUUUUUUCACAUAUUCUUUGAUACCAAAAUAAUUGGAAAUAGUUGGCUGCUUGGUACCGUUUGUAUUGGAAUGUAUAUGGUUGGAACUAGUAUGGGAUUGUUCAUUUCGAUUUACACGAAUAAUAUUUAUAUUGUAAACAGUGCUGGAGUUAUGAUAAGUUUGAGCUGUGGAUUCCUAUGCGGAGGUAUUUGGCCAAUUGAAGCACAGCCUGAUUAUCUCAAAUAUAUCUCUUUCAUGUUACCAACGACAAUUCCAAGCAUAACAAUUCGAAAUAUUAUUGCAAAAGGAUUUACAGUUUCACAUUAUACUGUGUAUGGAGGACUUUUGCUAAUAAGUGGAUACAUUAUUUUAUUCUUUACUCUUAGCUUUUUGACAUUAAGAAGAAGAAAAUUUUCAAAUUAA